AUGAAACGUGAACGUGUCCAUUUGGAUGAGAUGAACACCAGCAGCAGUUCUUACAAGGUCAAGAAUAACAGGAUGCGUGGGGCACUAUUCGGGGAUCAAAUUGAGGCUUACAAAGACGCCUUUGUGCACAAGGGAGAAUACGAAAUAGCCGAUGCUCAGAUCAGGCCUGCUGACGAGCAGUGGAAAAAAAGCGAUGCAGAGCUUGACUUCCAAAUGACCUUCGGGAGACAGACAGUGAUUCAGCGUGUGAACGCAGAAUCAGGCCCUGUGCAGCCCGAGUACCUAUGCAUUGCUUCUGUCCCACGCGCUGGGGAUCCCGAGGACAGAUAUGAUGUCCUUGGCAUUGUUCUGUACGUUGAAGAGCAUGCACGGGAAAUUACAACUGGUCAGGACCGCCAGGCCUUGGUCCGUGAAAUUGUCCUGUCUGAUCACAGUUCUGAACAACCACUUAUCAUUUCUGUUUGGAAUGAUCUCGCUGGGUCUGACUGUGACGAUCUCUCCUCUUGGGCCGAGAAAUUUACUGUCGUUGGCUUCACUUCUCUAAGAGCCACUUCCCACAAAGGUUUCUCGCUCACAUCAAGCAUGUCUACUAUGUUUGUUCAUGGUCCUCAUGGAGAUAGGGCAAUCGCUCUUCGAGAGUGGGCUUGUAACCACCAAGAUGUCCUAUCUGACAGGCAAGCUCGGGUGUUAGAUGUUAGGAACCCCUCCUCUGAAAGGGUGAUCAUGACUGUGGAUGCUCUGAAGCGGAAGAAGAAUACCAACACUCUCCAGGAGGAGCGUUGUUGGAUACAAGUAGUUGUCCCUGAACCAAAGUUAGAAAAGGUGCAUGCUUACCUAGGCUGCCCUAACUGUGGGAGGACCACAUAUACUCCAGUGGGAAAGGCCUACACGUGUCUCACCUGUAAGAAGCAGGGUGUUAUCUCCUCUCCUAGGAUCACUUUCAACUGUGAAGUUUCCGAUGGCACAGACAAAUAUGCAUUAACUUCAUUCACUGAGGAUUCUGAAAAGCUUUUCGGAAUGACUGCUGCUGAUCUCUUCAGGAUGAAGCACACUGUCCAGUGCCUAGAGAAUAACAAUGAUAUAAAAAUUGUAUACUAUACUUGA